AUGGGAAGCCAAAUGAAGAAGCAAUUUGCUUGUGCUUUGGCAUUUUUCUUGGUUGCCACAUGCACUAUGGCAUACUCACCUUAUUCUUAUGAAACAACAGAUUCAACAUACAAAAAAGUACCAACCACAAUUGCUAAAAGUGAAGACUACGAGGUACCCUCAAUGCCUGAAAAUGAAUAUAAGACGUCAUUUUUGCCAAAGAAUGAUUACUACAAAAAGACAUUACCAUCAAUUCCAGAAGAUAGCUACAAGAAGGUGUCAUAUGUUCCAGAGGCAGAAUACAAGGAGUCAUUUUUGCCAAAAUUUGACUACUUUAAGAAGCCAUCAGUUUCAGAAGAUAACUAUGAAAAGGUGUUCUAUGUUACAAAGGUUCCCUCAGGGCCUAAAGAAGAAUACAAGGUGUCUUCUUUGCCAAAGAAUGACUACUACAAGAAGCCAUUAGUUUCAGAAGACAACUACAAGAAAGCGUCAUACGUUCCAGAGCUACACUCGAUAGCUAAACCAGAACAUAAGGAGUCAUUUUUGCCAAAAUUUGACUACUUUAAGAAGCCAUCAAUUCUAGAAGACAACUACAAGAAGACGUCAUAUGUUCCAGAGGUACCCUCGAUGGAUAAAUCAGAAUAUAAGGAGUCAUUUUUGCCAAAAUUAGACUACUUUAAGAAGCCAUCAAUUUCAGAAGAGAAUUAUGAAAAGGUGUCAUGUAUUCCAAAGGUUCCCUCUGUGCCUAAAGAAGAAUACAAGGUGUCUUCUUUGCCAAAGAAUGAUUACUACAAGAAGCCACUAGUUCCAGAAAAUAACUACAAGAAGGUGUCAUAUGUUCCAAAGGUGCCCUCAGUGCCUAAAGAAGAAUCCAAGGUGCCUUCUUUGUCAAAGAAUGACUACUACAAGAUGCCAUCAAUUUCAGAAGAUAACUACAAAAAGGUUUCAUAUGUUUCAAAGGUGCCUUCAGUGCCUAAGGAAGAAUACAAGGUGCCUAUUUUGCCUAAGAAUGACUACUACGAGAAGUCAUCAGUUUCGGAAGACAACUACAAGAAGGUGUCAUAUGUUCCUAAGACCCUCUGUACCUAA